CUUGUUCCUUUGUCUUACUACUUACUGGCAGGGGCCGUGGACUCGGCCGCGCACAGAAUUGUGACGAGUAUGAGUACAUAAAUCAGACUGCCUAAUUUCGCCCAAGUUCGUGGCUCCCGGUUGUUUCAUCAUAUCUCACCAGAGAGCGGUGAGCCUCUCUCUCUCAGCAUGGCUGCUCCUCGAAGAUCUAAACGAAUUCAGGCGCUCAAUCAGUCCAACGAACGCUCUCGUAAGGUCACCGAAAGUCCCGAACCCUCAAAGAAAGUCCACCCCGAGAAAAGAAGAAAGAUGACUGGGAGCCAGGGCUAAAUGCCAGAAGGGCAUUCCAAAGGAAAGGCUCCAAAAGAACAGGCUCCAGUGAUCGAUCCAGUGAUCGAUCCAGCCGUUCGUUGGGCAGAGCAGCAAAAACAGCAAGCUGACGAAGAGAGAAGAAAAAUAGACCGGAGUAAAGAGUAUCUUCAUUCGGUGUUGGCUCUUGAACGCAAAAACGGCUAUAUCGAAGAAUUCUGGAAGGAACUUCGCGGCAGCAUUGAGUCUCUUGUAAAUGUCCCCAGCCUUUGGGAUGUGCCCUGGGACAGUCUCGACGAGGCCCUCCAGCAGAAGUUCAUGAGCUAUGCCCCUAGUGCAGAAGACCUUUUCGGAGUACCUAAUAUGAAUAUGACCUGGCGUAUAUUUCAACGAUGGGUUUGGGAGGUUAUAGAUGAGAAUUUCUUUUCCAAGAAAAGCAAGGAUAUUAUUUGGGCCUCACCCUACUGGGAAGCCCAGGCGGCCAUAGAGCGCUACUUGCAAGAACACAACUUCUCUUACGAUGAUGAAAUUGCGUCUCACAUGUUUCCACACUGGAGAUACACCACGAUGCAGUUCUAUAUGUCACUUAAAGACUCACCACGGAAGUGUCAAAGGAUUGAUCCAACCUGUGUUGUCCCGAUCAUUGCCAAAGCGCUCGGUCGAUACUUCCCGGAGGAGCAUGAAAGAGAUCCCGCGAACAGAGCCUACUCACCAACCCUCCAGCAUCUUGCUAAUGACGUGGUCACUAUGGAGUUUUACUUUGACGCCAAUCUGGCUGUCUUCUCCCAUGUCUUUCACCACCCCAUAACUCAACAAACCUGCGGUUUUCCUUACUCGCCUGAACUUGAAGGAAUACAGGGUCAGGCUAUGAAGGCCGAAUAUGGCGAUGACAGUGACAAAGGACGACUUGUCGAUUUUGUAUCUGAGCCUAUGCUGCAGAAGCGCGGGCAUGACUAUGGAUAUGAUUACCAUGUCAAGACAGCUGUGUAUCCCAUGACAGUUUGCGUUGCUUGGCUUGAGGAUAGCCUCAACCCGCCAGAUUCGCCAGAAAAGGAGGGAGAGGAAGAAAAUUGGGAGGAGACAGACGAGGCGAGCGUAAAGAAGAAUGAGGAAGAUGACGAGGAGGAAGACAAAGAAGUAGAGGGGGUAACAAAGGAGGGGAAGAAGAACAAAGAGAAGGCAGACAAGGAGGAGGGUGAUAAGGACGAAGAAGAAGGGAUAAUAAAGGAGGGGAAAAAGAAUAAGAAGAACAAGGAGAUGGACGAGGAAGAAGAGGAGCUAACAAAGCAGAAGGAGAAGGAGAAGAACAAGAAGGAUAAGAGCAAGAGCAAGAACAAAGGGAGGCGUUAACAAUGAGCACAUAGGGGCUACUGCUGUCAUUGAUCUUGUUAUUAGACAUCAGUGAGCGAUGCCCAGCUUCUGGGUUUCCCUAGUCACUGGGCAAACGUACUCUGAACCCCUGGGACUUUUGAAGAUUUAGUUUCUGUACGAACGAGUUAGUUUUAUCACAUCAUUGUCUUCGUCGUCUACGAAUAUCGUGUUGUUUCACAAUUUG